GUGCGUGGAUGGCACUAAAUUGGGCACGUGUGUCCAUGCACAUGUUGACACUCGGGAUGUGAGGAGAGAGAGUAAGGAGCUGAUCUGUGGGGUAGAGUAGACGGGAUCGUCGGACAGGGUUUGCGUUGCUUGAACAGAUGCCCUGAAGUUGAGUCAUGCAGUCCACAGAAUUUAUUUCCUCUCAGCCAUCACAAGAUUCACUAAGCUCAAACAACAAUUUCUUGUUCAGUGAUGAAACAGAUGCUUUCCUGUUGGAGGACAGGGACAAGCCCCAUGGAAUCCAUUUGACUCAGUCAGGUCUCUCUAACAGAAAUGUUCACAGUAUGAACAGGGAGCAGGAGCAUCCUGGAUCUCAGUGGGCAUGUGAUGGGUUCAUUGUGUCUAGUGACCCUGAGAGGUCACAGGACAACAGUCAUGCUAGGUCAACGUCUUCAUCCAUCUCAUCAUAUCUGUCUCUCUCCUCGUCAUCUUCGUCUGUAUUGGGAUGGAGCAGCUCAGAGAGUGAGCAAGGGAAGAAUGGAGGAGCUGAAGGUGACCUGCUGUUUGCUCGUAAGUGUUUAGAACUCCAGGGGUAUGUUCGGCCUCUGCUGGAGCUUCUAAAUGGACUGAAGAAAGGGCGAUUUGACAAAGGUCUGAGCAGUUUUCAGCAGAGUGUUGCAAUGGACAGAAUUCAGAGGAUUGUAGGAGUCCUGCAGAAACCACAUAUUGGAGAGAAGUACUUACCCACUUUGCUGCAGAUAGAGGUGAUGCUAAAGCUUUGGUUCCCUCAAGUGACUGCUCAAGUUUCUGUGACACCUAACCCUGCUGACCUUUCACCUCGAAACAUUUCCACCCAUGGCAGCAGCAAUAUCACUCCCCCACACAAGCACAAAGACCAAUUACAUAUUCCAGUCAAGAAGCGAAGAUUGAGCUGGUCAGACACAGAUUCACCCUCCUCUUCACCUCCCAUGGUGUGUAAAAGCUCAAACCGUGAAUGUUGUGAAGAGCAACAUCUAUGGCCAUAUGUUGAUGGAGGGGAGGGCUCUUCAGAGGCUCCUCCCCUUUUCUCAAACAAGAACACAUCAGACAAGCAAUUUGGUGAAACCCUGGAGCACAAGGUUAUCCAGUGGUCAGGUUCAAGACUGACAUGGGUGCACAUUGCGCCCAUUUUCUCCCCACCUAAAUCUGGUCCCUCUCAUAAAGGCAGAAUGGCAAAAGAAAGAGGAAGCAGAAAUGUCCUCCUUCCAAUUUCCCCUCUCACCAGCAGGAGCAGUCCAGCCAUGCAGGACAGCUUUGUCUCUUCCACUACACCUUUUUCAGAGCCAACUAGAUACCAGUGCCAGUCUGUGAGUUUAGGGACAACAAGUCCAUUGCAGGAGUAUGCCCAAACUCCACCAAUCACAAUGAAGCCUUCAAACCUUGUACAGCAAAGCACUAUACAAACCUGAUGCAAAAAAGCACAACCAGCUGAAAGUCUUCUCAGUGUCAGAGAAGAAUUAAAGUAUAGGAUGUUGAAAGUUUUGAAGGUUGUAUAUUGCAAUGAUUGCAAAAGAAUUUCCAAAAAAAAAAAAAAAACUGAGACUUGAAUUUUAUAUUGAUUGGGUUGAAAAUUUGGCUCUUUUGAACUUGAAACGAAAGUACCUAAAUUUAAGGUGAAGUAGAUUUAGUCAGUCAAACAGAUAGCCCUGCCCCAAAAUCUUGAUAUUGGUUGAGCCAGUGCUGUGUUGUGUUGGACAAGAUGCUUAAACACGCAGAAUUUUGCCCAACAGAGACAGUUUUUACAUGACAGUAAACAUCCAAAAAAUUACACAUUUCACCUUUAAGGAAAUGUGAUAUCGCUUGUGGAUGUGCUGUGCCCUCAAAAGUUUGUGUUUAAAUCUGAGGGGAAUUCUAGUCAUUGACUAUGCUUUAAUCCUAAAACAAGGUUGAAUUAAGACUAGACAGCAAUAAUUUUAAAGAAAAGUUAACACAAGCUUAAGCGAGUGGUAUGACUUGGCAUUUGAAUAUAUAUCAUUAAUAAGAUAGCAUAAAAUAAAAGGUUUAGUUUUUGCUAUAUUUUGUUUUCUCAAACUGCUACUGAGAAUUCUGAGAAUUACAUUUGUUAUAAUUACAGUUUGAAAAAGCUGCCAGUAGACAACACAGUGCUGGUGUGAAAGGUCCUUUUUGUAGCUCUGAGGAAAAAUGUAGCAGCAGCAUAAUUGACUUUUCAAUAUCUGAUAUAAUGUGAAUUUAUGAGCGGGUUGUAACAGAAGUUGUUACAGUUUCUUUUACUGCGUUUUAUAAAGGCAGUCAUUUUGUCCCACCCUAGUGGGAGCUUUGUGCACUGGUUUGGGUGGUUUAUGGGGGGACACACAUUAGUAAAAUUGGAAAAUCUAAAAAUGCACAAAGUUUUCUGCAAGGGGUAGGUUUAGGUGUAGGGUUGGUGUUAUAAGGUGAUCGAAAAUACAGUUUGUACAGUAUUAAAACCAUUACGCCUAUUGAGAGUCUCCGUAAACCACCAGUACCAGUGAGUAUGUGAGAGAGAGAGAGAGAGAGAGAGUGUGUGUGCUAGCAGUGGUGGGUUUUUAAAUGAAAAUUAACCACUUAAUUUAUUUGCUGUAGAAUCUUUGUGACAACGCAUCAGGCUGGAAAAACUAACCACAACUACUAUACACAUUAUGUUAGCAUGUCUAACUGAGUAAUGUCAGAUGGUCUGUGAUGGCAUAUGACCAGUGGCUAAUGGUAAUUGUCAACAUCAUAUUAUGUAGGAAAUUAUGUAAUACCCAGGUUGAAAGAGAAAAGACGAUUUUGAUGGCAAACCUCCUACUCUCACAGAUGAGAAUUUAAGUGCUUGAAUGAGGCACUUGAGUGAUAUUAGACAUCUAAAAAAGGAAUAAGAGGACAAAACCAUCAUAAAUAGUGCUAAUAUGCCAACCUUUAUUUAUUCACUUGUUGAUUUCAACAUUUAUUUAUGAUUAUUUGUAUAUGUAUUUAUUAUUAUGGCAGCUGAGGUCAUGGAGUAUUUAUUCAUAUGGCAGGUUUUUGUCAUGGAAUUGCUGUGUGGAAAAUGUGAAAUUGGGAAACCUGUGCCUUUUCUCUAGAAACGAUAUGUAUAUUCUUAUUCAUACUCGUAUUUGUUAAUUGUGUAUUUUUAUCAAAUGGUACAGAACACAAAAUCUCAAAACUUCAUGAGAAAACUGCAUUUGGAUACAGUAACAAUUUACCACUAACUGCACAGUGAAGUACAGUAAUUAGUAUGACCAAGAACAAAUGUGUCAAUGUGAACUAGUCAUAGAAACAUUCAAAGAGAAGCUGUAUUUUCUGACCAGUCACUGCACGCAGUUGUGAUGCAUCCAGGAACCAUCAAAUUUCUUGGAUCAGUAUUUUUGGAGCAGACAAAUUAUAAUGUUAAAAUGCACUUAUGCAUCGAUUAAUUUCUGGAAAAAAAAGAAAAAUGAUUUUCUGUGGCUGUAAACAAUGUAAUGAGGGACAAAAAAUUGCACAAUUUCACAUGCUGCUAAAUUAUUGAUUUAAAAAGAGUCCAGGUGCCCCUAGCAAUAGAAAUUUUUACCAUGUUAAAAAUCAUAACUGAUAUCUGCGUCAGCUUUAUUAUAUGUAAUUGACUUUUUUACAUAAUGAUUUUGUAGAAAUUUGUUGCACUUAUUUUAAUUUUAUUUUGUCAUGUUUUAUACUGUAUUGGUUGUUUAAGACCAAGAGCAAUGAUCAUAAAUGAUGUAUAAUGGCUGUUUAAUCUGUCUUUUUAUAAAACUGUUGUACCACUCUGCACACUGGAAAUCGUUCUGUCUGUCCUUCUUUUCAGUCUCUCUCUGUCACCUAUAUUUUAUUUAUAUAGCGCUUUUUCACUCUGAUUCACCUGUUUUUCCCUUCUUCAUCCCAUACGUUUAUUCUUCUUAUCUUUUUUCAACAAAGACAAGCAUUUUAAUAAACUGCAUUUUAGAUGUACUA